AUGCCGGUCGCGCUCCUGGUGAUCUCGCUGACCCCGCAGCCACGCUCGCCAGCCGCUUCCCUGAGGCACAGAGCUAUAGUCGCCACCACCGCGGCGCCGGCAGAUACGGUUGUUUCCUGGUACGAUCAGGGACUCCGCCUGCGAAGCGACGCUCCGGCCGUCGACAUCGCCCCCGCCGCCCCGGACGCGGACGUGGCCGAGCAGCAGCUCACGCAGGCGCUCAUCCGCGCGCAAGGCCCACGCGGCGGCCGCGCCGAGCUUGUGGAGCUCGGGAACGCCAUCCAGGCUGCAGAGCUGGCCGGCGUCGGCGCGGCAGCCGAUGCGAUGCUGGAGGCGCGUGAGUUUGUGGCGUCCAAGGGCGGCCUCCUCGUCAAGGCCAAGGCGGUCGCCGAGGCGGUCAAGACAGCGGCGCCGAUCAAUGCGGACGAGGUUGUGAAGAAGGACGUUGGCACCGCCGUCGGCCUGAUCGCAGGCCUCGGUGCGGCGGCGGCCGUCGGCGUCGACCUCGCGUCGAUCGACCUCGACAUCCUCGCCGCGGGCGUCGGCAUCACUGCGGCGGUGCUGGCCGAGGAGGACGAGGGCAUCGUCGGCUCGUCGCUUCGUGCGGUGGGCAACGUGGCGAACCCUGUCUUCAAUGCAACCUCGUCGGCGGCGCAGGCGGCCGGCGAGUUUUACGAAGAGAAGGAGGUUGGCUGGUACGCGCGUGCUGUCGCGGAGCUCGGCUUCGAGGCGACCGCCGAGAUCACACCCGAGAUCCGCCCGACAACUCAAUAUCAAUCGGGAUCCACCCUGUAG